AUGGAGACACACGCCGUUUCUAUUUCGAGACAUGUCGUUUUCCAUGAGGAUAUUUUUCCUCUGGUUUCUUCCACUAUCUCGGAUGAUUCCAGAGCUUUCUUUCCUCAUCUUCAUAAUCCUACACCUUCUGAUGAUCCUUUGCCUCUUGUGCAAUCAUCUUCUGAUGCGCAUCAUCCUUGUGAUGUGUCAUCCUCCGAGGAAGGUUUGGAUUAUGAGGAAACGUUUUCUCCUGUUGCCAAAUUUACCUUUGUGAGAAUGCUUCUAUUGCUUGCUGCGAAGUUGAAUUGGUUUAUUGGUCAGGUUGAUAUCUCAAAUGCGUUUCUUAAUGGAGAUUUGACUGAGGAGAUCUACAUGAAAUUGCCUCCUGGCUAUGCUGAACUCACUGGUGAACCUCUUCCUCCUAAUGCCGUGUGUCGUCUUCAUAAGUCUAUCUAUGGACUCAAGCAGGCCUCUUGA